CCUUCAGUCCAAUCCGUCCCUGUGUCCCACUAAAGCGAUUUCAGCGCAGGGACUCGUCCCUACGGCCACGGAUGGCAACAUGGCGACGGAGUUCCACAACCUGCAGGAACUGAGGCACAGUGCCUCGCUGGCCAACAAGGUCUUCAUCCAGAGGGACUACAGCGAGGGGACCACCUGCAAGUUCCAGACCAAGUUCCCCUCUGAGCUGGAGAGCAGGAUUGAGCGCACACUGUUUGAGGACACUGUGAAGACACUUAAUAAUUACUACGCAGAGGCAGAGAAGAUCGGAGGCCAGUCUUACCUGGAGGGAUGUCUGGCCUGUGCUACAGCUUAUCUCAUCUUCCUCUGCAUGGAAACACGCUAUGAGAAGGUGCUGAAGAAGAUAGCCAAGUACAUCCAGGAGCAGAAUGAGAAGAUCUAUGCUCCCAGGGGUCUGCUCAUCACUGAUCCCAUAGAAAGGGGGAUGCGCGUUAUUGAGAUUUCCAUCUAUGAGGAUCGGGGCUCCAGCGGGUCCAGCUCGGGGAGCAGCUCCAUGUCCGGUAGCACCGCCCGAUGACUGGGUGCUGAUCGCCACCACAUCCCCCAAUCACUCACAACCCUGGAGGUCAGCCUGGAGAACCAAGGACAAUGAUACGCAGCUCCUGUCCCAACACUUAGCUCACACAUCCCAAGGCUACGUUCACACAAAGGGUUUUGCUAGCAUGUGAGAUUACAGAUAGGCAUGUUGCUCCUCACCUUCCAUCACAUAGAAAAGCUGUACUUGCUUCUUUUCCUCAGCAAACGCUUAAAACAUGCACUUUAAUAGUAUGUCGCAAAGCAAGGUGCAAGUGCUCGUACAAUAAUGCUAAGAUGCAAUGUCUCACUGAAAAUAUCUUUUUAAAAACACAGUUUGCUGGUAACACUUUGUGUGAAUGUACCAUUAUUUGCCUUUCUGUCAUUCUUAAAGUUAUCACAGUCAUACACGUGUGAUUUGGUAGGGGAGAAAAAGAUGGAGGGAGGAGAGAGGAAGUAUCGAAACAGGAGUGAAGACACCCAAACCUGACCCAACCUCACACCUCAGCCACCUCAGCUGCACCGCGCAGGGCCGAUCAGCCAGAACCUCACCCGGACCGCACCCGACCCGCUGAGAGUCAGCCUACCACGGACAUAGACUGAAUGGAGCUCAUUACCUCCAACCUCACACACAUCAGACAACGGCUCUACGGCACAUCCUUUUACAGUUGUUAUUUGUACUUGUUUGAGCAUGCUGCAAUCUCUCCAAUUCACUGGUCUCAAAAGUACAAAUUCAAGGAUGUAUGACAAUCUGAGCAGGGUCUCGCAAACCUUCACUUAGCCAGAAAUACAAAGGCAAGGAGCCAAUCCUCCCACGUCUGAUGGAAAACUGUUAAAAUGUCAGCUGUCUGGUGGCAGAUGAAUGUAAUUCAGUCCAUCCAUGUAUAUAAUGUAGCAGAACUAUAGUAUUUCUCACAUGAAGCUUGUAUUUAACUUAUUAGACAGACACGCGCACACACCCACACACAAUGAAAUACUAACCUCUUGGUUUCACUGAGCGGGACCAACUCUUCCAAAAUUUUGAUUAUGCAAUGACCUGCUCGGCAUUAAGUGCAGCAGGGUGUAGAGAAAGAACGAGUCAGAAGUCUUCCUGAAUUUCACCUAUUGUGUUUUGAAAUACACAAACGCUUCCUUAAUUGCUGUACAAACCUCCAAAGAACAACAACAACUGCCAAAAUUGCCCCACAAAUGUGAAUGUGUCUUUUAUUUUUUGGUGACAUUCUGUAGUUGUGCAAAAAGAAAAGAAACAAUCUUUCAUAUUGCUUGUUGUUUGAUACACAUGGCAAUGCGGUGUAUUACUAGCGUCAAAUAAAUACUGUUUCAUCACAGCCA